CUACUGUAUUCAACCUGCCCGCAAAUUCCCACCUCCUUUCUCAACAACUGUUGCCCGCCUUGACCAGCUCUAGCUGGCCAAUCUCCCACAAGUCAUGGCUGCACCGGUCACCCGUGUUCCUCUCGCCAGACUUCCCGCUCUCCCCGCCGCCUCGACUCCUGAACAGCGCUACUGGGGAAAAUUCAAGUCGCACCUUCUAAUUCAGGAAUACGGGGCAAUCAAGUCUAUCAAUUUCUCACCCGUUUCCCCUCACGAUUUCGCUGUCACCGCCUCCACCCUCGUCAAGGUGUAUUCGUCGAAAACCCGAGCCGUGUCGAAGACGAUCUCAAGAUUCCAGGCGCCCGCGCAAUCCGGAAGCUUUCGCUCUGAUGGAAGGCUUCUGAUUGCCGGUGAUGAGGGUGGUCUGAUUCAAGUUUUCGACGUUGGAUCGAGGGUCGUCAUCAAGACGUGGGAUGAGCACAAAGGGAACACGGUUAAUGUCACAAGAUUCUCGCCAACAAAUGUGACUCAAGCGUUGUCCGCCUCCGAUGAUAAGACGGUUCGUCUCUGGGACUUGACGUCCCCGAAUUCCACUCACAAAUUCAUAGGGAACCAAGAUUACGUCCGGGCUGCAUCUUUCGUUCCCGGUUCUCCCCACUCGGUUGUGUCCGGGGGCUAUGAUAGGACUGUUAGAUUGUGGGAUUCUAGGUCCGCCGGCGACCACUUGAGCAUGGAAUUCAAUGUCCCGGCACCCGUCGACGCAUUGCUGGUUUUGCCGGGCGGAACAACCGUUCUUGCCUCCAGUGGGCCGACCGUUUAUGUAUGGGAUAUAAUUGCGGCGAGGCGUGUCGCUGUGCUGCACAACCAUCAGAAGAGUGUUACCUCGCUGGCGCUGUCCACCGGACCGCGGCAGGGUGGGAGGAGGGUCUUGACUGGUGCACUUGACCGCCAUGUGAAGGUUUACGAUCCCGCUACCUGGAAGGUUGUUCACGGCGUCAAGUACCCUGCGCCCAUCCUGGCAAUUGGCAUCUCUCACGAUGAGAAGCACUUGGCCGUUGGUAUGGCCAAUGGACUCCUGAGUGUGCGUACCCGUAGCAGCGGUAAGGAGAAGGAGAAGGCCAAAGAAAAGGAGAGAGUCUUGGACAUGAUUGCUGCUGGUAUUGAUCCGAUUACCGGCAUGGGCGGUCCCAAGUCAAAGACCAGUGCACGGAGGAGACGCACCAGGGGAAUGGAUUACAAGGGGGAAGGGGCCGAUAUGGUUGUGGAACAGGAGACCAAAAAGAAGAAAGAGAGGCCCUGGGAGCAUUGUCUCCGCAAAGGAAAUUACGGCGACGCUCUGGAUCUCGCUCUUACGUCGGUCGGUUUCCCCAUCUAUAUGUUGGCGAAUUGAUACUCACAAACAUCCCAGAACCAGCCUCAUAUCACCGUCUUCACAGUGCUCGGAGAGCUCCGCUAUCGCAACGCCAUCAAUGCAGCGCUAGCCGGUCGUGACGAAAACACCUUGAGACCUAUUCUAAGAUGGCUGAUCAAGCAUCUCCCCGAUCCCCAGUACGUUUCAACCAUUGUGGAAGUUUCUCUAUCAAUCCUCGGUAUGACCCAUCUUCCCUCCCCAGCCGUUCACCUUCGCCAUUCUGACAACUGGUAGAUCUGUACUCCCACGAUCUGGGGAAGUCUCCUGAGUUUGAUAAACUUAUGAGAAGGCUUCAUCUCCGCGUCAAACAGGAAGUGGAGAACGCAAAGCAAUCAAGCCUGAUUGUAGGGAUGUUGGACAUGCUACUAGCAGGUAGUGCUUCUGAUUGAACCCUUUUCGUUGUAAACUAUUUUCUCCCCCUCAUAUCAUACAAUUACAAGGGUAAUUGGGCUGGACUUGUCUUUUUUGUUUUCGUUUUCCCUUCAAAUUCCUUGGCGCUUGAUGGGUCUCUGGCGAUUUUUAUGGAUCGGAAUGUAUAUUAUCCGUGCUACCCUCACUCGUUCCUCUCCCCAUCCUUGUCCUAGCCUCUCACCUAAAACCGCAAAUAAUGCAGCUUGACUUCAUCGG